AGCUACUUGCCAAAUCAUAUCUUGAAAAAAUUGACAAUAAAGCAAAAUCUUUCUACCUUACAAAAGAUGCAUUUUUGAAAGCCAACUCAAUGAUUUUCGAUAAAGCUUUGAAUGCAUACAAACUAGAGGCUGUAAAAGAAAUGGUUUUGAAACCAGACCCCCAGGAACUGGCAAAGGCAUAUGUGGAGGCCUGUGCACCUGAAAAAGUCACCACCAAACAUGAAGGAUUCAAGUUUCCAUAUCAGCACUUCAUUGAUGAAUUUUUGAGUCAAAUCAAAAUCCCACAAUCCAUAGAUCCUGUCAGUAGAGGAGGCAUAUUCAAUGAAUUGGAAAACUUUGACCCAAGACUUUCUGAAAUAUACCGCAGACCUUUAGUAGAUGGUGAUAUGCGAUUAAAGGACACCCCAUUUGAAGGCCUGACUGCUGACUCUCGUAUCAAUCUGAACAAUGCAGCAAAGAUGAUUUAUGAAAAUUGGGACACCUUAAAUAAAGCAUUGGAGGAACGUGACCAGAUUCCAAAAAUAAUCAAACAAAUGGAAGAUGGAUUCCAUGAAGAAAUUCCCAGGAUGAUUGAAAUCAUGAAACUAAUUGAAUCCAACUCAAGAUCACCAAGCCCUCCUAUACAUCCUGAUGAAACACCUAAACAUAUAAAGAUGCAAAGGGUGAAUGAAGAGUACCAGUCCAGAAUCAAAGCCAAAGCUUUGCCUGAGCAAGCCAAAAAGGUAGCUGAGGAUGAUCCUGCAAUCCAAGGCAAAAUUUCAGAGACUGAAGAUGGUUCCACAAAACAUUCUGAAAAUAAUUCUUGAAUAAAUUUUCAUUAAAAACUUACCCAAAUAUCUUCAUCUGCACAUGAUGAGC